GCGAGGGCGAAACUCUCUCCUCCUUUCGCUGAGUUUGAUGAUGCGAGCCUUUGGCUCUCUUCUUGACGGCCAAUUGAAAAAUCCGUCCAAGAGGCGGCAUCGGUUCCAUGGCCAAAAUCUAUGAACGAAAAGUCAGGUAUGAAUUGUUCAAAAUCAGCAAAAAAUGGGUUGCCUUUUCCCUCUCUCUCUCUCUCUAUCUCUAUCUCGCCGGCGGGAUUCGUCGCCGAUCUGCGGCCGCACGGAUUUGCAGAGGGAACGCGAUACGGGGAUCUCUCUCGCCUGCCUCGUGCGCAUCGGAAUCAUCCUGCUCUGCGGAUCAAGACUUGACAGCAGAAGAGCUUGAAGAUAUGCCACCUGAUGAUAAUCCAGCACCUUAUAAGAAAGCCAAGGCUCCUAAACAAGAGAAUAUGGAAGCAUUGGAGGGGCUGCAUACUCUCGCCAACCUAGCAAUCUUAGGAGAAGGCGAGGUGCUCCCAUCAUCUUCUUCAUCAUCUCAAGCCACAACAAAGCACCCUCGACACCGACCAGGGUGUUCGUGUAUUGUUUGUAUACAACCCCCAGUGGAAAGGGCCCAAAACACAAGCAACAUGCACAUGUAAUGUCUGUCUGACCGUAAGCGCCGUUUCCGCACCUUGAUGCUGAGGCGCGAAAAGAAACAGUCGGAGAAAGAAGCGGAAGGUUCGCGCAAGAAGCUGCAACAUCAGAACCUAUCACUUGCAGAAAAAUCACCGGAAGACGACCCUUCACAGUGCAAUAACAAUAUUGCAAAUGGCAGCCCAAGCCAGAAAAAGGUGGGCAAUGAUGGUUCUGACGACGAAAUGAACAGGGUUAAAAGCUCGGGUUCACCUUUUAAAGGUCAGAUCGAUCUUAAUAUUCAGCCAGAGCGCGAGGAGGAGCUCUCGCCUGGGUCAGAUUCUGGUGGUAUGAUGAAGUUGCUACAUGAUGCCACCCAGAAAUAUCUCAGGCAGAGGGUUUUGACCCAAGACAGCUUCAGGAAUUCCACAGGUGAUCCUGCUGUGGUGGAUCUAGAUGGAGGCGAGAGGCUUGUCAGUGACACGGUAGAGAGUGGUCAGCAAGAGGUCAACGAGGAACGAGCUAAAGCUUUGGCAUCUACGGUGCAUAAAUAAAACAUUGUGUACCUAAUACGCAUCGCUGUAUUGAUCCUGAUGUAGGGUUUUUGCUGUGUUUUCCAUGGCAGAUUUGGGACAGGUAUUUGUAGUUGUACAUUCAUCCAUUUUGAGAUUGGGCUAUUUCAGUUCCUGUACAUAGGAAGAGAGUAGGAAUUAGACCGAAUGGUUAAAAGUCCAUUCAUUUUGCUAAUUUAUACACGAUAUUGUUGCCCCUGUCGCUGUAAUAUCAGCUGAUUUCCGGAGUUUUUAAGAGCUAAACUGAUACGCUUACAA